CAAGAGAAUCAUUACCCUUGGGGCCCCAGGGGUCAUAACCAGUGCAACUGUGAGAGCCCCAAACACAAACAGAGUGCAGUGUGUUUAUUGUAAUGAAAUAUUCUUGUUUGCAGUUACAAGAACAGCUUUGGCGAGAUGUUCAAACUGUAACAGAGUUUCUGCAGUGGAGUCAAGUUUCAUCAGGACCAGAUGUAUAAUAUAUGCAAUUUUAGGGCUGGUGUUUCUAGGAGCUGGUAUCGGUGUAACGGUUGGUACAUAUGAGUUGGCGGCAGACUCCGGUGGAAUUUAUACUGUAUGGGUUGGUGCGUUUGUGAUUGGCGUAUUGUUCUUAGUCAGAGCUACAUACAUGGGUAUGAUCAGAACAAGCACUGUGAUUGGGCCAGCAGUUUAAGGUGGUAUAGUGGGCGUGUGGUGGGCCUGUUGUGGGCGUGUGCAAAAAAAGACUUUGGAUAUUAUUCCUCACUACAUUUAUACUAUUGUCAUAUUGUUACAAUUUUUGUUGAUCAAAUCAAAGUCAUGAUGUGACACUGUUAAAAAAGAAAUAAUAACUUACCCUACUGAUAUUUCCUGAACUUAGACUUGUCCAACUUUUCAAUUUUAUUUUGAAUCAAACCACUAUCACUUCUAGGGAUAUUGGGAUAAAAAUUUGGAAGUUUGUUGGUCAACUGAAGAUACUGGUGAGGCAUGAAUGUGCAGACUGACCUGGCUCUUUACAGGUAGCAUUGUUUUGAAACUUUGUUUCAUACAUUGUAUUAUAAUUUUAUGAUAGCUUAAUGGCAAGUGUACAUAGCUAAACUAAAUUGACAUGCUGUCCCUCACAACAUUCUUUUUUAAUUUAUAUUUACCAAUUUUCUGAACCUUUGUCGAUUGAACGUCCAUAGUUUAACAGGGCUUUUAUUUUCAAUAAUGGUGCCAUGUUCCAUCCUGUUUAUUCUGUGACCUGUCACCUUGGAUAUUUCUCUACUUCCAGUUUUAAUAAAUGUAAUUUCCAUAGUGAGAAAAAUCAAGAUAGGGUAAUUGUACUGUUAAAUAAAAAUCAGUAAAAAUAAAGUAGUUGGUAAUUGUCUGAGAAGGGAUACAUUUGGGAUUUUGAAAAAUCUAAAUCAUAGCCACCUGUUUGUCAGUCUGCACAAAAAUGCUUGAUUUUUAUGAAGAGCAAUGGUAAAUUGAUCAGGAAGGUAGGGGGUUGUAAUUGUAUGAAGAAAUAAUUUCAAAUAUUACUGUUUACUUGUACUGAUUUACUAGCAUUUAUAUAAAGAGUACAAAAAACACAUUUUGUUAUUAAAUUCUAAUAGUGUGAUAUGUUUAUAUGUAUGUUUAUGUACGUUUCAUAUUUAUAAGUUGUUUUUAUAUAGAUACAUUUAGAAUAUUUUGUGUCAAAACAAUACUUUCAUUCUAUUGGGCGAAUUGAGUACAUUUAAACCUGAGAUUAUGUUACAUUUUCCGGAUAUUGCCGUUAAGUUUAUACUUCUAUAUUAAAGUGUUCUAUUUUCUUUAUAUUGUGCCAAGUUCUUGAGUUGCCAGUUGCCCCUCACUGCUGUGUGUUACGGUCUCACCAAGGUUGUUAACAACUUUUGAGUGUCCAUUCAACAGACACUUUUGUAUGUUCAUUCAACAGACAAACUGGAAAGAUUGCAUAUGACUUACCUAUAACUUGUUGUUGCUUUAAAGAUAGUAAUGUAUUGUUUGCUAUGCAGAUAUCUUUCAGUUCUGUGAAACUAUGACAGUGAAAAUAGAUAUAAAUUUUCUUUGCAUUAUUAUGAAAUAUUGCAAGAUUUUACAUAUGACCUUCUUUAUGAAAUUUUUGCACAGCUGGACUUGUACAAUGCAAUACAUGUAGUAUACUAUUAGUUGUUAAGAUUUUCAACAUGUUAUAAGGCCCAAUAUAAAUGUUUUUUUGGAAAUAUAACCAGAGCCUCUAGGUGAGGGUUAUAUUGCAGACAACUGAUUAUAUACGGCCAUAUAACCUGUCAGAAAUAAUUAUAAGAAAUUAAUAAUACAGUAAGCACCUUUUCUAAGAGAUAAAAGUAAGAUUUUUUCAUAAAUUGACAGCAGCCUUGUAUAUUAUUAGUUAUAAAGAUUUUUGACAGAUUAAAUGGCCCUAUAUAAAUGGUUGCUUGGCAAUAUAAACAGAGCCCCUAGGCGAUGGUGAUAAUGCAGACACCUAUUUAUAUAGGGCCAUAUAACUUGUCAGAAAUAAUUACAACAAAUCUUUAUUAUACAACAAGCAUCUUCUCUUACAGAAAACAGUAAGAGAUUUUUAUAAAUUGAUAGCAGUGGUUUAUAUAAAUCUAAACGUCACGGUUAUCCAAUGAAAAUCGGCGUUACAAACAUGCAGUCUUAUGAGACAUCAUGAUUUGAUGUUUAUUUGCUAAGUUAAAUGGUAUAUAAGAAAUAGAAUAACAAUACUAUGAAGAAAAAUGGAAUGAACAAUUUAAUGAUUUUUUUUACCCUUGGCUAUUGUUUUUAUUUUGCUUCUUUUGCUAUUAUGUACAAAAUUUAGAUAUUUAAGUACUAGUUUAUUGAAAUAUUCGAAUUGGGUUUGCAAUAUUAUCAAUUUGACCUAAAGAAAUAUUUAAAUGAAUUGAAGUUUUAUGGUCAUUUGUCUGCCAAUGUCUGUUAGUUUCACAUUAAUAAAAAUAAGCAAUUAUCUUUCAAUUAGUGCUUGUAUAAUAUAAAUGCUUGCUCUUUGUCUAAAGUGCUAAAAUGUGUGUUUUAUGUUAAAUUAUGUUAAAUUUUUAGAGCUGCUCUUUUUUUACACAAUGUGCAUAUUUUGUUGAUAAAACUCAUUUCCUAAUAAAACAAUGUAUUUUAUUUUAUAAAUGUGAUACUCAA